AUGUUUUUGGCUACUCGACUGCGCCAAGCGUGUCGCUAUCGCUUCUACUGCACAGUCGCAUCAUCUUCAAAUUCACCUGAGGCUAACAUUAUCAAAUGGCCAGGUCCCUUUUCUCCCUUCUCGAGGGUGGAAUCGAAGCCGGUUCUCGCCCGUCUCAAGGCCGAGAAGGACCCACUACGGGUGCUCGAGAUUUGUCGCUCCGCUACGCUCAACCCUGAGGCUUAUAUCGAUCGCAUUUGUUUCUCCAUCGCCAUUUCCAAGCUCGCCGCAUCCAAACACUUUGAGGGUAUCCGUCAAUUUCUUGAGGAAUUGAAGACCCGCCCGGACUUUCAUAACAACGAGGGUUUUGCGUGCCACGUUAUUAUCUGGUAUGGUCAAGCCAACAUGCUUGAAGAUGCCAUCCUCACUUUCAAGCAACUUGAUGAGUUCGGUAUUGCUCGUUCCGCUAAACCGUU